GUGAUGCCAAUCAAAAAAAGGCUUGGGAAUUGGCGAACAAGGUAGUAGAUAAAAAUAAUAAAAAAUUAGCCGAGGAGGCGUUAAAUAAAGCCAAAAAACCGGAAAAAACUCUGGACGAAAUUAAGCAAGAAGCCAAAGGUAAAAUGGGUGAUGAUAAAGCUGCUUGGGCAAAAAAUAAAGGCACGGAUGAUAAUCUGGGAUAUGCGGCUGGAGCCUUGGCUAAAUUAAAAAAAGCCACUACUGAUUUAACCACCCUUAUCACGGAAUCCAAAAUUGACCAAGUUACUGACCAAGCCAGUUUAGAUAAGGCUUUGGGGAUAAUUAAGGGUUCUGCUAAUUAUAAUAAUAUUAAAACUGAUGUAGAACAAUUGGUAGAACCACGGGCAAAAUUGUUGGUGGAACUCAAUAAGGAUAGUAAUACCGAUAAAAAAGCCUUGGCUAAAUUAAUAGCGGAAUUUAUUAAAAAAUUUGAGAAAAAUUAUGUAGAUA